AUGAAGAUGUCAAACCAUUUACUCCUGAGAAAACGAAGGAGAUUGUGAUGUCCCUACAGCAACCUGCAGUCUUCUGUAACAUGGUUAGCGACUGGCCAGCCCUGCACUGGAAUGUGAAAUACCUUUCCGCGGUGUUGGAUGGAAAGACAAUCCAGUUUAGGCUAGGCCUGAAGACGGUGGAUUUAGUUCCCCAGUUUGAAACCAGAUGUAGCUAUGUGGAGGCUACACUUGAAGAGUUUUUGGCUUGGAGUUGUGGGCAGCCUUCUUGUCUCUCUGGACCCUUCAGUCGUUACGAGUACUCCAAAUAUUGGGCGUAUGCUGACUACAAAUACAUUGCCAGGAUAUUUGAAGACAAGCCAGAAAUUUUCCAGGAUAUAAGGUGGUCUGACUUUGGUUUUCCUGGAAGAAGUGGAAAAGAGAGCACGUUGUGGAUUGGUUCUGAAGGAGCAAACACCCCCUGCCACUUGGACUCCUACGGCUGCAACUUAGUGUUGCAAGUACAAGGAAGAUCUUUGGGUGAACGUGCAGCAGAGACGCUCUGGAAGCCCUCAGCACUGCGCUUUGCUGCAGCCAGUCCUGCAGACUGCAGAUCGCAUCAGAAGAGAUGGCACCUCUUCCCACCUGGUGAUACCAGUUUCCUUUAUCCCACCAGGAUCCCUUAUGAGGAAUCCAGCGUAUUCAGCAAAGUCAAUGUUGCCAACCCCGAUCUGAAACGCUUUCCUGAGUUUAGGAACACAACAGCCCAUGUGGUGACACUCAGUCCAGGACAGGUCCUGCUUGUUCCAAGGCACUGGUGGCACUAUGUGGAAUCCAUUGAUCCCAUCACUGUCAGCAUAAACUCUUGGAUUGAACUGGAUGCAGAUCAUGAAGCCCGUGUAGAAGAAGCAAUAACUCGAAUGCUGGUAUGUGCCAUAAAAUCAGCAGAAAAUCCCAGUGAUGGAGAUGGCUGGCUAAAUCCCACAGAGGUUGAGGCAACAUCCCAUGAAAUCAAUCUUCAGUACCUGAAUAAAGCAGUGUCUGCGUAUUUCAGGUGUCAAAAGGCAAGUGUGUCAGAGCAGGCGUGUUCCAGCAGCACCGGUCCAGAGCAAAGGACAGGCACCUCAUGCAAGAGGAAGAAAAGGGAAGUUGGCUGUGAACCGGAGGGCUGUGGGUUACUAACCCAUGAAUUUGGCUUUUCAGCACUGAAAAGUCAGCCACAGAAAAUACCUUUUGGGCCUCAUCUUAUUCAAGUUCUACCACAGUCUCAAGACACAAGCUUGAUGGGUGCAGUUGCAGUUGAAAGUGGCAGUAGAGAUCAUCUCCGUGAAAACGAAGGAGGACAUUCUGGAAAAUUACGCUGCAUCAGGAAGCAGUUGCUAGUGAGUAAUGACUGUGAAACGCCUGCACGUCAAAUGGAUUCAGACGGCAGUCCAAAUGCCUCACAAGCAGCCCUUUCUACCAAUGAUUUGCUAGACUGCUUGGUUAAUCCGCAUGUCAUCAGUUUAGUGGCUCGGCUGCUGCUGGAGAGAACAAGAGUUUAAUGCCAGAGUGCUUUAUCAUUCCUGAAAUAAAGAAAUCAAAU